GAGCCGCCGGGAUUGGAGGGACAGGAGGGACUGGAGAGUUCUGGACCCCGGACCGAGAGGUGCCCUUCCAGGCACGGGGCUGAGUGCAAACGGGCAGAGACAGCCAGCCCGCCUCAGGUCAGGUCAGGCACACGCGAGGGGCACCCCCGAGCGCCUUCCCAGAAGCCCCUGCGCCGCCCGGGUCCUGACGGGCCGUCUGGUCUUCCGCCGCACGUGUCUUCAGAGCGAUGCCGAAAUCCAAGCGGGACAAGAAAGUUUCCUUGACAAAAACUGCCAAGAAAGGCUUGGAACUGAAACAGAACCUGAUAGAAGAGCUUCGGAAAUGUGUGGACACCUACAAGUACCUCUUUAUCUUCUCUGUGGCCAACAUGAGGAACAGCAAGCUAAAGGACAUCCGGAAUGCCUGGAAGCACAGCCGGAUGUUCUUUGGCAAAAACAAGGUGAUGAUGGUGGCCUUAGGUCGAAGCCCAUCUGACGAAUACAAAGACAACUUGCAUCAGGUCAGCAAGAAGUUGAGAGGUGAAGUUGGGCUCCUUUUUACCAACCGCACGAAGGAGGAGGUGAACGAGUGGUUCACAAAGUAUACAGAAAUGGAUUUUGCUCGAGCUGGGAACAAAGCAACUUUAACCGUGAGCCUGAAUCCAGGGCCCCUGAAGCAGUUCCUUCAUUCCACGGAGCCACAGCUGAGGCGGCUAGGCCUGCCCAUUGCUCUCAAGAAAGGUGUGGUGACCCUGCUAUCUGACUACGAAGUGUGCAAGGAGGGGGAUGUGCUGACCCCAGAGCAGGCCCGUGUCUUGAAGCUUUUUGGGUAUGAGAUGGCUGAAUUCAAAGUGACCAUCAAAUACAUGUGGGAUGCCCAGUCGGGAAGGUUCCAGCAGAUGGACGAUGACCUACCUGAGAGCGCACCUGAGUCUGAGGGAGAUUCUGAGGAAGAGGAUGACAGCUGACUCUAAGAUAUGGGACUAAGACCUUCCAGCAAGUUCUACCUCUACAGUAGACUGCCAGGAUGCUGUUACCCUCUGAAGACAGCAGCUCUUAAUUUUGCUAUGGAUUAAGACAAUGGAGGAUGCUGGGGCAGGACUUUGUUUCUACAAAGAAUAAAAUUUGGUCCACAGAGCUUUCCCCUGUAGACAGCAAGAGACUUUACCUAGGAAACAGGCCUUCCACUUUGUGCUUCUGCUUGGGGCCUGCACACCCCGGCUCUUUGACAGCACAGCACUGCAAAUAGCUGACAGCAGCUUCCAGAGUUGGGUGUCCUCUCCAGGCCUUGUCUGGAAUGGAUUGGCUAAGGAAACUACUGCCUAGGCGGAGACAGAAAGAUUAAGAAUUCAAAGUUCACCUUGGCUACCAAAGCCCUUGUCUUAGAAACUAAAGCAAAUGGCUUGGUAAGAAUGAAUUGAGGUUGAGGGCAUAGGUCAGUUGUUAACUAAUCUUGCACGUGAAAGGUCCUUCAAUGUGAGGGAGAAAGGAAAAGUGCCCGAACUGGUACCUCCUACCACUCUUUUACCUAAGUGUUUCCCAAAGCUUAGUCACAGUGAUUCAGCAAUUUAUUCUUCUGGUUUUGUUAUUCAAGGAUAUGAAAAGAUAUAUUCAUACAAAAUCCUGUGUA